UGAGAUGAGAGGAGAGGAGGAGAAGAGAGUCAAUCGAGCUCGUCUCGCGAGAAUAGGCGAGGCUGCCGGACGAGAUGUGAGGGACUCAGGUGUAAGAGCGCUCCUCAUCCACACACAGCACAGCCAAACAGAGAGAGACACACAUACAUACACACACACUGCGGGCAUCUCCUCUGUACCAUCAGCAGCCGAGCGCCACCGCAUCCGCCUGACUGCUGCGAGACGCCAGGAGAGGCGCCGCCGGACUCUCGCUUUGCUUUUCGCGCACUUUAUCUGCGCCGGAUUCCGCGCAAACAUGAUGUCCAUGAACAGCAAACAGCCUCAUUUCGCCAUGCAUCCCAGCUUACCUGAGCACAAGUACACAACUCUGCACUCGAGCUCGGAGGCGAUCAGGAGAGCCUGUCUGCAGACUCCACAGCUCCAGAGCAACAUCUUCGCCAGUCUGGAUGAGACGCUCCUGGCCCGCGCCGAAGCUCUGGCGGCCGUGGACAUCGCAGUGUCCCAGGGUAAGAGUCACCCGUUCAAGCCCGACGCCACGUACCACACGAUGAACACCGUGCCAUGCUCGUCUGCCUCCACCGUGCCACUCGCCCACCACCACCACCACCAUCACCACCACCACCACCAGAACCUGGAGCCGCCGGACCUCAUGGAGCACAUCGGCUCGCCGUCGCUCGCGCUCAUGCCAAGCGCGCACGAGGGGGCCGGCGGAGGCGGCGGAGGAGGCGGCGGCGGCGGGGGCUUGAUCUCCACGUCGGCCCACCCGCACUCCCACAUGCACGGGCUCACCCACCUGUCCCACCAGGCUGCUAUGAACAUGAACUCGCCGCUCACGCACCACGGCCUCUUGCCGGGCCACCACGGCGGUGCGCACCAGUGCGCGCCGGGACUCGCCAACAACGGACUGCCCUCCAUUAACGACUCGGACACGGACCCGAGGGAGCUGGAGGCGUUCGCGGAGCGCUUCAAACAGCGGCGGAUCAAGCUCGGGGUGACGCAGGCGGACGUGGGGGGCGCGCUGGCCAACCUGAAGAUCCCGGGCGUGGGCUCCCUGAGCCAAAGCACCAUUUGUCGCUUCGAGUCGCUAACUCUGUCGCACAACAACAUGAUCGCGCUCAAACCCAUCCUCCAGGCGUGGCUGGAGGAGGCCGAGGGCGCCCAGCGCGAGAAAAUGAGCAAACCCGACAUUUUCAACGGCAGCGAGAAGAAGCGCAAGCGUACCUCCAUAGCGGCCCCGGAGAAGCGAUCUCUGGAAGCGUAUUUCGCGGUGCAGCCCCGGCCGUCGUCGGAGAAAAUCGCGGCCAUAGCUGAGAAAUUGGACCUCAAAAAGAACGUGGUGCGAGUAUGGUUUUGCAACCAAAGACAAAAACAGAAGAGGUUGAAAUUUUCCGCGGCGCACUGAUGGACUAUACACAGCGAAAACGAAACUCACUGACUUUUUGGGGACCAAGGAACGCCGCUUCGGCUCGAGCCGCGCGUGUGCCCGCGAUCAGUACCCUUUUAUUUUCACGACUCGUGUUUCUUUUCACUGUACUGGUGAAUGUGAAAGUAUGCAAAUAACAGGUAAUCCAGACGAACUACUUCUCUGCGGUUCAGCUCCACUUAGAUACACCCGGCUUUAUUAUUUCCUCCCCUCCCCGCGACGAAUGACGAAAAAUAGCCAUUGAUGGAUUACCUCAUAGUUUAACUCUAUCCUGAUUUAUUAUUUAUUGACUGAUUGAUUUAUUUAUGUAUUUAUUUACGUCCGGCAUAUUUGUGUAUUUAUUCAUCCGUGGCAGGGGAACUGCUAUAUUUUUGAUUAUUAAACGUGUUCAAAGCGGAUCCCUCCUUCGCAGUGUUGCUGAUGAACUGAUGUGAUCGGUCGGUGUUUCAAAGGUCUGCUCUGAUGAAUACACGAAUCAGCAGGAAAAGAACAUUUCCCUUUUAAAGAAUAAAGGCGGCAACCACCGCGCGUAUUUGCCGGCAUUGCACUGAAAUCUACUGUUAUUUAGAUUGGUUAGAUAUAUCCAAAUGCUUUUGUAUAUAUAUAUGAAUAUACGUACAAACGACACUCGCUCACCGCGCGAAACUCGAUUCCCGUUCGGUUUUUAUUCUUUUUUUUAAUUCUUUUGGGCGAAUCGGAAUUCUUCCUCUGCGGAUAUGAAUCGACCCGCACGGUCACACUCUAAAGGAAAAUCGAGAUACCGUUUCGUUUAGUUUGUGUACUUUGGUUUGCAGCGCAAACAUUCUAUGCAUUGAAAGAAAAAGAAAAAAAAUUUACCAAGCACUACAUAGAGUAUCUACUGGUAGACCUUUGUGGAUGGUGUAAGUCACUGUUUAAUGCCUGUUUUCGCAUAAAGACACAACGUUGUUUGUCGUGUUGAUUGUUCCUGAGAGAAAAAAAAAAAAAAAAAAAAGUUGUAAUGAUUUUUAUUUUGUGCACAAGUAUGUUUACAAACAGCGGCCACGUGCGCGCCAUCACGAGACGUCUCACUCUGUCAUACCUGUGCACCUGUCUGCUGUCUCACCGUCCCAUCAUCAGAACUUUUCUCCAUUCUGUAAGCCAAAUCCAGCCGCGGGGACCCACGUCCCGGCAAAUCUUCUAAAUAAACGAUGGAAAAUCAAAA